CUCCGACGCCGGCGUUCACUAUCGGAAGAUUUUUUAUUUUUUGUGAACCGUAACGCGCUCUGCCAAACCCCGGUUCCGAGAGCGGCGGCAGGCUUCUCCAUCUCCAGCCCUGAGAUUACCUCCCCGGCUGUACUGUGCACUGAUCGGCACUGAUCAGCUUAAUUACGGAAGCUGGUGAAAGGAGUUGAACCCGGUACUAAAGGCGCUUUAAAGAAAUGUCAUUGCUGUGUGUUGGAGUGAAGAAAGCCAAGCUCGAUGGACCCCAAGAGAAAUUUAACACAUACGUGACCCUGAAGGUGCAGAAUGUCAAGAGCACAACCAUCGCUGUGCGCGGCUGUCAGCCGUGCUGGGAGCAGGAUUUCAUGUUUGAGAUAAACCGCCUGGAUUUGGGUUUAACAGUGGAGGUAUGGAAUAAAGGGCUGAUCUGGGACACCAUGGUGGGCACCUUAUGGAUACCCCUGAGCAGCAUACGGCAGUCCAAUGAGGAGGGUCCAGGUCAGUGGCUGACCCUGGACUCCAAUGCGAUCAUGGCUGAGAAUGAGAUCUGCGGAACCAAAGACCCAACCUUUCACCGGCUGCUGCUCGACACCCGCUUUGAACUGCCACUAGACAUUCCAGAAGAAGAAGCAAGAUACUGGGCCAAGAAACUUGAACAACUAAACGCCAUGAGAGAUCAAGAUUAUGCCUAUCAAGAAGAACAGGAGCGACCCCUCCAUGCACCGACCACACAGUGUUGUAAUUGGAGUCUGUGGGGAGAUCAGCAAAACGAGGAUCCAGACAGUGCUGUGGAUGACAGAGACAGUGACUACCGCAGCGAAACCAGUAACAGCAUCCCACCUCCCUACUACACCACCUCUCAGCCAAAUGCUUCCAUGCACCAGUAUCCCAUGAGGCAGCAGCAGUACAGAGACUCCUACAACGAUGAAAUGCAAGACUUGGACUACGACCACAGAGCCAUGAGCCCCUCAGACAGUCGGUACGCCUCGUCAGGCGAGUUAAGCCGAGGCAGCUCUCAGCUCAGCGAGGGGUUUGUUCCAGAGGACGGCGGGAGUUUGCGAGGUUCAGAGUUCUAUGAUGAGAACGACUCGUACCACUCCUGCCACUCCUCCGUCAGCUACGGCAAAGAGGACUCACCUGGCUGGGAAGGCGAGGACCCUCAAGGUGUCUACAGCGACGAUGGAGGCUACCUCAAAGAUGGAGGGGAAGAGGGGGCCCUGUAUGCGGAUGAAGAGGGUGAGAUAUACGUGGAGGAAGAGGGAGAGUACAACUAUGAAGAUGAAGAGGAGAUGCCUUAUGAGGAGGAUGAAGAUAUGUUUCCACUUGACGGUGCACUCAGUGAAGAUCAGGAGCCACCCUAUAUCCCCACUCCCACGAGCACUGCCCCCACCUUGUUGCCCACCCCUGAUACUCUGUCCUCCACUAGACCCCCUCUGGAGAAACAGGCAUCAUUACAUCAGCAGAAGCCAGCCCAGGAUCAGCUCCAGCCCCCCAGCACUGCCCCUGGUCUACCUUUACAGACACAGGACAACAAGCUUCCCCCUUUCAGCCCCCUUCCAGAAUCCACUAUGCCUCCAUAUGCACCCAUCGAGCCAGAGCUGUCUACCAUGGAUACAUUCCCCCCCGAGACACCGCCGCGAGUUCCAACGCCAGACACAGAGUUCCUGGAGCUUGAGCCAAAGUUUGAGCUGCCACUGGAGGAACCUCCACUCCCUGAACAGCCUCCAGUGGAGCCUGAGAGUAUCCCUCCGGCACCUGAAGAGAAAAUAGAGCCAAUUGUUCCAAGCUUUCCAAAAAGAGAAAUAAUGGAACCUGGUCCAGCCAGAGCCAAAUCGAACUGGCUUAGACUUUACAGCAGAGUACGACUACAGCUGCAGGAGGCAAGAGGAGAAAGUGUUGGAAUUGCCUCUUUGCUGUUAAGAGCAGGGAUGGGUGGUGCUCUGUACAGCAUAGACAGCAUGCCAGACCUCAGGAAGAGGAAAGCAAUGCCUCUGGUCAGAGAUCUGGCUAUGUCGUUGGUUCAGAACUCCAGGAAAGCAGGCAUUACCUCAGCUUUGACGUCCAGCACCCUGCACAAUGAAGAACUGAAGAGUCACGUCUACAAGAAGACCCUCCAGGCCCUCAUAUAUCCCAUCUCCUGCACUACGCCACAUAAUUUUGAAGUGUGGACAGCCACCACACCCACAUACUGCUAUGAGUGUGAGGGACUUCUGUGGGGUAUCGCUCGGCAGGGUAUGCGCUGUACUGAGUGUGGAGUCAAAUGCCACGAGAAGUGCCAGGAUCUACUCAAUGCUGACUGUCUGCAAAGAGCAGCAGAGAAGAGCUCCAAACAUGGUGCAGAGGACCGAACUCAAAACAUCAUAAUGGUUCUCAAAGACCGCAUGAAGAUCAGAGAGAGGAACAAACCUGAGAUCUUUGAGCUCAUUCAGGAGGUUUUUGCGAUUGUCAAGGCCACCCAUGUCACCUACAUGAAGCAGAUCAAACAGAGCGUGCUGGAUGGCACUUCGAAAUGGUCAGCCAAGAUCUGCAUCACAGUGUUGUGUGCCCAGGGUCUGCAAGCGAAGGAUAAAACCGGUUCCAGUGAUCCUUAUGUCACAGUCCAGGUGGGAAAGACCAAAAAGAGGACCAAGACCAUUUAUGGCAACCUCAACCCCGUGUGGGAAGAGACAUUUAACUUUGAGUGUCACAACUCCUCAGACCGCAUCAAGGUGCGAGUGUGGGACGAGGACGAUGACAUCAAGUCUCGAGUGAAGCAGAAGUUCAAACGGGAGUCAGAUGACUUCCUCGGACAAACUAUCAUCGAGGUCCGCACUCUGAGCGGAGAGAUGGACGUCUGGUACAAUCUUGACAAGCGUACAGACAAAUCAGCUGUGUCUGGAGCAAUCCGUAUGCACAUCAAUGUAGAGAUCAAAGGAGAGGAGACGGUCGCCCCCUAUCACGUGCAGUACACCUGUUUGCAUGAAAACCUCUUCCACUUUGUAACAGACAUCCAGAACACCGGUGUGGUGAAGAUCCCUGAUGCUAAAGGGGAUGAUGCAUGGAAGGUUUACUUUGAGGAGACUCCUCAGGAGAUAGUGGAUGAGUUUGCCAUGCGUUAUGGAGUAGAGUCCAUCUACCAGGCUAUGACUCACUUUGCCUGCCUGUCGUCCAAGUACAUGUGCCCAGGUGUGCCUGCUGUGAUGAGUACGCUACUGGCUAACAUCAACGCCUACUACGCUCACACCACCCAGGCAACAAACAACGUCUCUGCCUCUGACCGCUUUGCUGCCUCUAACUUUGGGAAAGAGCGAUUUGUCAAGCUCUUAGACCAACUUCACAACUCUCUGAGGAUUGACCUGUCGAUGUACAGAAACAAUUUCCCUGCCAGCAGUCCUGAGAGGCUGCAGGACCUUAAAUCCACUGUGGACCUCCUCACCAGUAUCACCUUCUUCAGGAUGAAGGUACAAGAGCUCCAGUCUCCACCUAGAGCCAGUCAGGUAGUAAAGGAUUGUGUCAAAGCCUGUCUCAACUCCACCUACGAAUACAUCUUCAAUAACUGCAAUGAGCUGUACAGCCGCGAGUAUCAGACAGACCCGGCCAAACAAGGUCCCGCGGCUCCAGAGGAACAAGGACCAAGCAUCAAGAAUCUGGAUUUUUGGUCCAAACUCAUCACACUUAUUGUCUCCAUUAUUGAAGAGGAUAAGAACUCUUACACUCCCUGCCUAAACCAAUUUCCCCAGGAGCUCAAUGUGGGCAAAAUCAGUGCUGAAGUGAUGUGGAACCUGUUUGCUCAAGAUAUGAAGUAUGCAAUGGAGGAACAUGAAAAAAAUCGCUUGUGCAAGAGUGCGGAUUACAUGAACCUGCACUUCAAAGUCAAGUGGCUGUACAAUGAGUACUGCAAAGAUCUGCCCUUCUUCAAGAGCAGAGUGCCUGAAUAUCCUGCGUGGUUUGAGCCAUUUGUCAUUCAGUGGUUGGAUGAAAAUGAGGAAGUGUCUCGAGACUUUCUACACGGUGCUUUGGAGAGAGACAAAAAAGAUGGGUUCCAGAUCACAUCGGAGCAUGCUCUGUUCUCGUGUUCAGUGGUGGACGUGUUUUCUCAGCUCAACCAGAGCUUUGAGAUCAUCAGGAAGCUUGAGUGUCCAGAUCCUCAGAUUGUAGGACACUACAUGAAGAGAUUUGCUAAGACCAUCAGCAAUGUGCUUCUGUCCUAUGCUGACAUCCUCUCCAAGUGUUUUCCUAACUAUAUCAAAAUGGAGAAAGUGCCCUGCAUCCUCAUCAAUAAUAUUCAGCAGCUGAGAGUCCAGCUGGAGAAGAUGUUUGAAGCCAUGGGUGGAAAAGAUCUGUGUGAGGAGGCCAGUGACAUCCUGAAGGACCUCCAGGUUAAGCUCAAUAAUGUCAUGGAUGAUCUCAGCAGGAUCUUCUCUGUGAGUUUCCAGCCACACAUAGAGGAGAACGUGAAGCAGAUGGGAGACAUCUUGGCCCAGGUUAAGGGGAACACAAAUGUGGGAAAUGCCAGCAGCGUGGCCCAGGAUGCCGAUAAUGUCCUGCAGCCCAUCAUGGAGUUCCUGGACAGCAACCUGACUUUGUUUGCUAAGAUCUGUGAGAAGACUGUGCUGAAACGUGUGUUGAAGGAGCUCUGGAAGCUGGUGAUGAACACUAUGGAGAAGACCAUCGUUCUGCCGCCACUCACAGACCAAACGAUGAUUGGGAGGCUGAAGAGUGCUUCUCACAGUGAUGGCACUCAGCUCAUCUUUAAUGCUGCCAAGGAGCUGGGACAGCUGUCCAAACUAAAGGAGCACAUGGUUCGUGAAGAGGCUAAAGCACUCACACCCAAGCAGUGUGCUGUGAUAGAGCUGGCCCUGGACACCAUCAAGCAAUAUUUCCAUGCUGGUGGUGUGGGUCUGAAGAAGACCUUUCUGGAGAAAAGUCCUGACCUCCUGUCGCUCCACUACGCCCUGUCGCUCUACACUCAAGCUACAGACAAACUCAUAAAGACCUUUGUCCAGUCGCAGACAUCACAAGUGUUCGGCGGGAAGGGGGUCAGGUUCACCACUAGUGAGGAUGUUUACCCAGAAAAGGGCACUGGAGUGGACGAAGCCGUGGGAGAGGUAUCCAUCCAUGUGGAGGUUUUCACUCACCCCAACACCGGAGAGCACAAGGUCACAGUGAAAGUGGUGGCUGCCAAUGACCUGAGGUGGCAGACGCAGGGAAUAUUCCGGCCUUUUGUCGAGGUCUUCAUCAUCGGUCCUCACCUCAGUGACAAGAAGAGGAAGUAUGCCACCAAGUCUAAGAACAACAGCUGGGCUCCGAAAUACAACGAGACCUUCACAUUUGCCCUAAGCAGUGAGGUUGGUCCAGAGUGCUAUGAGCUGCAGGUAUGCGUGAAGGACUACUGCUUUGCCCGGGAGGACCGCACUGUGGGCAUGUCCGUCCUGCAGCUGAAGGACAUGGCCUCAAAAGGCAGUGCCGCCUGCUGGCUCCCACUGGGUAAACGCAUCAACAUGGACGAAACCGGCCUCACCGUUCUGCGAAUCCUCUCCCAACGCAACAACGACGAUGUGGCCAAGGAGUUCGUCAAGCUCAAAUCUGACCAACGCUCUGCAGAAGAAGGUCGCGGUUAAGAGACAUGAUUUUAAAAACAGCCUGUCUGAAGCUCAAUCAGACGUCGACACUACUGCAACAUUACCGCCCUGGAGCUCCUCUGAGCCACUGCUAGCCACUGCCCUGAUGAUCCAAUGUUGUAAAAGCACAGAUAAGACAACGGUAACACACAUCCAGUGCUGUAAAUACAUUCAUUUCAGUGGAAAGGAUUGAGAGCUAAAAAGUCAUCAUCCCUUAUUUUAUUAAAAAAGAACCAGUGUCUUGAUUAUUGCAGAUGUUAUCAGCCAUCUUCUUAAAAAUAUGUUAAGUUUAAUCACAGAGAAUAUAUUUACUUUCCUCUAUCUGCAGAGGUUAGUGAUGUCAUUAAAAAAACACACAAACACACACAAGCAUGCCCUGAUUGACAGGUUAGGGUGAAAAAAAUAUUGUAGCCUUUGAUAUUUUACAUAAUUUUCCUACUUUUCUUUGCUUUUUUGCUUUCCCCCUUCUUCUCUCUUCUCCACUCCCUCCCUUGGCCUGCACCCACUCAGAGAAAGGCACCACAAGUGCCAACAGAUAAUCCCUGAAAUAUGCCAAGACCAGCCCUAAGCACAACGGGACCAACUGUCCAACAGACCUAUUGACAACAACACGAUGGCUACAGGGCCUUAAACAUUCCAGAUUUCAUCAAACGGGAACAAAGCAAUAUUUAAUUUUAAUUUUGGAAUUAUUUUACUGCUUUCUUCCAAAUUAUAUUUAUAUUGAAAUAAAUAUAUAUCAUAAUAUAUAAUAUACAGGAGGAGAUAUGUAAAGUUAUAUACAGGAUUAUUCGAUGGACGUGUGGUACUUGAAAGAUUGUCUUUGUCUGUCUUACUGUCUGUCUGUCUACCCUGUAACAGAGCACACUGCCUGACACCCACAAUGCCUUCUGUCUCGUUGACCCACGUACAGUUUGUCUGUCUCCUAUACAGCGACUGUAUAGAGAGAUGAAUCUGAUGAAAACACGCCUUUCAUCAGACUUUUUACGUGUGUGUGUGAGUGUGUAUUCUGUGUGAGUAAAAUGUUCUACUGUUGACCUCA